CCGAAAGGCGGGAACUGCCUUGAGUGGGUGUCGGUUGUCCAAGGAGUCCAAAUCUUUCUCAAUAUAUUCAUUUUCCAUCUAUCGGUGCAGCAAAAAUGGCGAACAACGGACUACCUCCAGUCAGGGUGAAGGCGGUGCAUGUUCACCUCUCCAGCUCUACCCCACGCGGUCUUGAGAGAGUGGCUGCCAUCCUCCGCGCCCUCCAGUCCAUGUCCCAGGAUGAGGCAGCAGCUCCAAUAGAACCAGCUCCUGUUGAACCGGCUGAGGAGGCGCAGAGCUGCUCGAUCUGCCGCAGUAACAGUGCAGAUUGUAAACUCCCAUGCGGCUGCACCUAUCAUCGUGCAUGUAUUACUCCUUGGCUUAUAAGCAACAGCACAUGUGCAGGACCCUACUGUGAUUCAUUUUAUGUGCCUGAUGACCUUCUUAACUUGUAACGUAG